GUUGUGGGGUUUCCCUCCCCAGGGCAGGUUUUCCUGGCUUGCAGGACUUAAACCUACUCACAGGCUUAGUGAGCCGGAAAUUCCCUGUCGCUGCAAAUGCAAGGAGAAGUGCCAAAGCAGAGGCUGAGAAGCAGUCGUCUUCCGCUGGCGAGGGGGGGUUGCUUGGCAAUAGCUAGAAAAAGCCCUAAAGAAAGUUAAAGGAGGAAAUCCAGCCACUUAAGCAUUUUGUUCUUAUAGGUUUUGACAGCUGAUUGUUUUUUCUUUUCUUAAUAGCUUAGUCUCUCAGAGCCUGCUUCUCACUCCACUCCCAUCCCUCCGCUCUUUGGGAGCUGCACCAGUUUCAUAGGUGAUUAGAAAAUGAACCGAUCUGCCCUCUCCAGAUUUAUUGUUGUUAAUAUAUUCUGGUUUCCCAGAGAGACGGCUGAGAAAGGAACACAGGGUGUUCACUCCUCUAAAGCACCAAAAAUGUGAAGGAGAAACCCGGUGGUCUCCAUGGUGGUGGACUGUGGGGCUGGGUGUCUCAUGCGGGUUUCACCUGUGGGACUGACACCACUUUGGGACCUUCCCGAGACUUACUGCCCUGCUCUCGAGUGGGGGGGUUCCUGCAAAAAUCCACUUUCUUUGAGGUUUUGGGGAGAAGCAGGCUGCAUGUGUGUUGUGACACCCGCGGGUUGGUGUCACCCAUGCCAGUGUUGGGUCUGGGCAGGGUGGUGGAGGUGUGGGGCAGCCCAGGGCUGCUGUGCCCCCGUGCACCGUGUCUCUGACAGCCCCUCUGGGGCAGACCUGGUUGCAGAGACAGGGAUCUCAUCUCUGUGUGGCUGGAAGCAGGAAAUUGCCACAGCUGAUGCUGGGCAAAUUUCUGUCUCUUUAAUUGAAAGGUUUUUAAUGACAGAGGAGGAGAGAGCAGCGUGAGGCAGGUGUUCACUGGAAGUGCUCGUUACUGCAGACGUGGAGCCGGCUCUGCCACCCUCGUGUACCUGGAGUUACAGGGCCCAGCUGCUGCAGGGGACGGGAUCAGUGGCUCGGGGGCCAUGUCUCCUGUGGUUCUUCAGGCUUUGGGUGGCGGUGCUCCUUCCCAGGGAUUUCCCUCUGCUCCUCUCCCCUGGGUGAUAUCCCAGGGGGUGGCAGGGGGCUGGGGCAAGCGAGAGGGUCCGAAGUACCCUGAGAAGUAGCAGCGAGGGUGGCAGUGGGCAGCCCUGGCUGCUGCCGGCUUGGAGCAGCCUGGUGGGCUGGAAAAGCAGUGUCAGAGACCUGGCUGCUAAAUAUAGACCCUGGACGUGAUCAAAGAAGGCAGGGCCUCUGCAUGCUCCUGCUUGCUCGCCUCCUCCCGUUUCCCCCCCCUUGAGCUUUGAAUAGGAAAACCUCUCCUUCCUCUGCCUGUUUGGGCUGUGCCGGUGCAGGCAGCCCUUCUUAUGCUGGAGAUUUUGACCUGGAAGCAAAGGGGGACCUUUUUGGGCAUGGUGCCAGUUUGGAAGAGCUGCUUGCUACCACUUUCACUCAGCUUUCUUUUCCAAUAUGUGAAACCCCAGGGUGCUUAAGCAAUCUGAGGAAAUCAAAAAAGAUGUGGCCGUUUUGGGGACUGGACCUGAACCGAGUCCGCUGUGACCUGCUCUUCACAGAAGCCAUCAAUCAAAGGAUGCAGGUUCCCAACAGGCUGAAGGUAGCAGAUAGCUUCAGCCCUGUGGAUGAGGAGCCAGUGACAGAGGAUGUCCCUCCUUCCUUUCGGAUGCACAUCCCUGAUAGGAUUUCUCUUGCAGAAAUAUCAGAUGCCAGUUUGAGGCCCAUCCCACUGAACCAGCAGAGGAAGGUCCCCUCUGUCGUGGUGCACAUGUCCCCGGACUCCUCUGCGCAGCCCACCCACCUCGGGGAGCUCCCUUUUCUGCACGUAGCCAGCAGAUCAAGCUCCCAGAAACGCAAAAGAUCGGGCCAUCACAGCAGCAGGUCGCGGCGGGAGAAGACUCCAAGUGACUGUACCCAGCUGGCCUUGCGCAGCCCAGGCCAGCACCAUGAGCGGCCGGACGCGUGCCCCCCGCCUGCGCGCAGUGCCCCACUCCCACUCCUCACAGAGACGGGCAGGAUCUACUCCAUGCAGAACAUCUUCCAGACCAUGUACCUCCUGGGCCAGGUGCUCUUCCACCGUGUCCAGGACUCUCGGCAAGACCCAGUGCCGUCCAGCUCCCAGGAGGCUGGCCUAGGCCCAGAGAGCGCCUUGGAGGAGGCUGGGGUGGCUGAGAUGGCGGCAAUGAGGAAGCAGUUGACGAAGAUCUCGGGGAGGCUCCGCGUGCUGGAGGAGCAGUGCAACGCCUGGCGUCAGAAGGAGGCCCUGGUCUACUCCGUGCUGAUCUCUGCCUGCCUCAUCAACACGUGGCUCUGGCUGAGGAGAUGAUUUCCCAUGCCCUGACCUCCCCUGCCCAACCCUGGCAGGGUGGGUGAGGGCAGGGAGAGGAUCCUUGCUCGUGUACUUGGAAACAGUAAAACUACUACGUGUUUCUUCUUAACUUGACCUGCUUUUUGCACUUUAGGCCCUUGAGGAUCUGUGUCCUUUAGGCCCCGAUUACAAUGAAGGUGCCGUCCCUCUCCCAUGCUCUAGUAUCAGAGGUGGGCGAGGGAGACGACGAAGCUGGACCUCGUGCCACAGCAGCUGGGGACGGGUGUGAGGGAGAGGUGGGGUACAAGGAGUAUGGCCCAACACGUGCAGUCCCAGGGCUGGGCUGCGGCCACAAAUGCUCUGUGUGCACUAGCAACCACCUUGUAUGUUUGAUGGGUCAGUGCUUGUGUGGGACAGUGCUGCUGUGAAGAGCCCAGGUCUCGUAAGAAAUUGGUGGCUGACGUAGGAGGUGUCUGUCCUGUGCAAAGCAACGGGAGACCCACUGGCCCUUGGGCUGUCUGCCGGAGGAGAUGCAAAACCAAGGCGUUGGGUGUUUGCGGACAUGGGGUCCUGUUACAGUCUUGGACUGGUGGGCCCAGUCCCCUGACCAUGUCCCAGCUUGGAUAACUCAAUUCUGACCCCAUAAAAGUCCUCAGCCAACUGCUGCGGUCUGUUCCUCAUCUUCCACCCCAAAAGCUUGUGUAGAGUGGUUGAGUGUUUUUUAAACUGCUGGUGGGUUUUCUUUUCUUCCUUGCGCAACUGCUCUUUGGUGGAGGUAGUACUGCUGGUUCUCCUGUGCCAUAGCCCCUGCUCUAGGAGGUAUGGAGCCAGAGGACCCAGGAGCUCCCAUCCCUGCAGCCGCUGCUGUGCCACCAUCUCCUCGGCUCCUGUCCUGCUGGAGGCAUUUCAGCAGCGGGUUUGCAAAUGUUCAGAUCCAAAGUGAUUGUAAGAGCGUUGCUGAGGUCUGGACUUAUCCAGGAGCUUGGCUCUUUCCCAGAGAGAUUUAAAUGGGAAACCUCCUCAUGGUGACUCUCUGGUUUAUAAGACCUCGUACCAACAGUGAUAGCACCAGACAGGCCAUGGAAGAUUGCCCAUUUGGGCAGCAGUAGGUAUUUGUUAGAUUGCCAAUGCCAGAGGGUAGGAUUGCUCCCAGGUCUGCUGCCAAGCUGUAACUUCAGCGAUGGUGCAAGAACACAGGUGAGGGGAAUUCUUGGCCCAGGCCCAGAUGCUCUUUAGCUAAAAACAAGCCCAGUUCAACAGCUUUGCUGUUUCUUUCCUUCUGUGGAGUUUAGUAACACUUGGAUCUGAGGUGACUUUGAGAUGCUUUUGGUGGUUCAUCCAGCACAUCUGCUGGAGUUGUGCUUGCAGGCUCAGGGGGCAAUGUUUUGGCAUGGCUUAACGGGACCUCUGUGUUCCACCUAUAAGUAAUUGUAGCUGGAUCUGCAGGUCAUCCAGGUGUCCCAAUAGCUUAUUUACAGACAUCGAUGCUUGGGUGUUUUCUGCCUGCAACUGCAUCAAGCAUCUGUGACUGUAAAUCUGGCAGCUGGACGUUGACUAAUAAAUAACUGUCCCACAAGUAAUUGCAGGUCUGAACCUGUGCCUGAUAGCUGAGCUGAGGAGAGCACUAAGAUUUAUUGCAGAUGAGAGCCAGGAUGGUGUGGUGGGCUUGGCAUGCCAUGCUGUGCCAUGGCAGCGUGUACGUAAGGGAUGGGAGCACUGGUGCAGGGGUGGUUCCCAUGGCUUGUGGCUCAGGGAUGUGGUCAAGGUUACCAGGGGACCUUACACAACGGGCCUGUAUAAGGAGGCUCCUGCUGUGUGACUCGUGCCAGGAAAGUAAGUAAAUCGUUUGGCUGGUUUCUCUUCUCUGACAGGUGCAAACAUGUUUUGGAGAAAGCUUAUGGUUGGCUUUUUCUUAAGCUUUAUUUUAGGGUAAGAAGGGCUGACCAUUUGGGGGACACACCACCUUCAAUGUGUGGAUUGAAGAUGUUUGGAGGAGAGGUGGUCAGACUGUAUGUGUUCUCAAAGGCUAAUUAUUGGCAGGUUGUAGGGGAUACAAUAUGACUUUUACGUGAGGCAUAAAUCCUAGUGUAAAUCUGGAAACGAUGACCCGUAAAAUGCAUAUUUUAAUAAACUCCGUGUGUUCUGGA